AUGAUCUGGGUCAUCCUGGCCCUGCCCAUGUGGGCGUGGCGUGGGACUGUUGGCGAUGCACAGUCUAACGAGCGGCGAGUCGUGGCACACAUCCCCGGUGACAUCAUCAUAGGAGCCCUGUUCUCUGUCCAUCACCAGCCGACAGCGGACAAGUACGGUAUCCAGCGUGUUGAGGCCAUGCUGCACACUCUAGACCGUAUUAACGCUGACCCCCGUAUCCUCCCCAACAUCAGCCUGGGCUGUGAGAUAAGAGACUCCUGCUGGCACUCUGCUGUGGCCCUGGAGCAGAGCAUUGAGUUCAUACGAGACUCCCUGGUGUCCUCCGACGAGGCCGAGGUGGGGGGAGGCAGUGUGUGGGGGGGAGGCGGGGGAGGAGCCGACGGGAGGGGAGGGCCGAGGUGUGCGGACCCUGCUGCAACCCCCAUGCGGGGGAAGAAGCCUAUCGUCGGGCUGAUAGGACCAGGUUCCAGCUCUGUGGCCAUUCAGGUCCAGAACCUCCUACAGCUCUUCAACAUACCCCAGAUUGCCUACUCUGCUACCAGCAUGGACCUCAGUGACAAAAGUUUGUAUAAGUACUUUAUGAGGGUGGUGCCAUCGGAUGCUCAGCAGGCCAGAGCCAUGGUGGACAUUGUCAAGAGAUACAACUGGAGCUACGUCUCUUCCAUACACACAGAGGGUAACUACGGGGAGAGUGGGAUGGAGGCGUUCAAGGAUAUGGCUGCCAAGGAGGGCAUCUGCAUCGCCCACUCUGGUAAGAUCUGGAGCAACGCAGGGGAGAAGAGUUUUGAUAGGCUGCUGGAGCGUCUCAGAGCCCACCUGCCCAAGGCCAGGGUGGUAGCCUGCUUCUGUGAGGGCAUGACGGUCAGGAACAUCCUCAUGGCCAUGAGACGACAGGGACUGGUGGGGGAGUUCCUAUUGGUCGGCAGGUCAGUGGACACUGGAACUGCAGAGAUACACACAAACACAUACUGA